UCUAUCUUCAACUAUCUACCUAACCUAAGAUAUCAUCAACCAGCCAACUCCGGUAGUAGAGAGCUACUCCUACCACUCAUUUCCUCUCCGAACUCGAUUUAGAAUGGCGUCGCCCGAGGUGCACCACCUUUUCCACAGGCCCAUUGCCGACCACUCGUUCUCGGCCGAUCGCCAGACGCUGGCUGUGGCCAAGGAUACCGGUGUUGAGCUCUACGGGAAAGCAGGCAACGCCUUCAAGCUGAAGGAUGAGCUCAAGGGUCAUGACAAGACCGUUACCGGCGUCGACAUCGCGCCGCAAAGUGGCCGCAUUGUUACGUGCUCUCAAGAUCGAAAUGCUCUUGUCUGGGAACCCUCCCCAACCGGAUACAAACCUACUCUUGUUCUCCUCCGCAUUGCCCGGGCUGCUACGUUUGUUCGAUGGUCGCCCUCCGAGACGAAAUUCGCCGUGGGCUCUGGCGACCGUGUCAUCGCCAUCUGCUACUUCGAGGAGGAGAACGACUGGUGGGUCUCGAAGCACCUGAAGAAGCCCAUCCGCAGCACGAUUACCACGGUCAAUUGGCAUCCCAACUCGGUUCUGUUAGCCGCCGGCUCGACCGAUGCGCACGCCAGAGUGUUCUCGGCCUUCAUCAAGGGCGUUGAUGCCCGUCCCGAACCCAGUGUUUGGGGUGAGCGCCUGCCUUUCAAUACGGUCUGUGGUGAGUAUCUGAAUAACUCGGCUGGCUGGGUCCACUCCGUGGCUUUCUCGCCCAGUGGAAAUGCCCUCGCCUUUGCCGCUCACGAUAGCAGCAUCACCGUGGUUUAUCCCUCAGGCCCGGAGCAACCACCUCAGGCCGUCGUCAGUGUUAGCACCCAGCUAUUGCCAUUCAUGAGCAUGGUAUGGAAUGGCGAGGACGAGAUCAUCGCCGCUGGCUAUGAUUGCGAGGCUUUCCGAUUCCAGGGCGGUCCUUCAGGAUGGCAACUCACUGGCACCUUGGAAGCCAAAGGACGGCCUGGUCUCGGUGAAGCCCGAGAAGAAUCUGCGCUGAACAUGUUCAAGCAGAUGGAUUUGAAGGGUAAGGUCAAAGAUGACACCCAGCUGAAGACGGUUCACCAAAACACGAUCACGACUCUUCGUGUUUAUGAAGGAAGUAAUGGAUCCGUCAGCAAAUUUAGCACAAGCGGUGUGGACGGUAGGAUCGUCAUUUGGAACGCGUAGAUACCGUAACCGGACAUGAAACUCUAUGUAGUUGAAAAGAAACAAUUCUAAAAUUUGUAUCACGACUAUGGUUGACUGUUUGGUCCAACUGUGGGAGGAUGGUGAUGAUAAUAGCUGGAACGAGACUCUACGCCUCAAGGUUAACCAUUUCUUCUCAUCACGAUCAGUUACAAGUCACAGCAAUAGAUUAGCAAGACACAGUAGCAAAUGUAUCGUAAAUGUAUUGAAGAA